UUUGUCUUCGCCUUUCCCCACUGCUUUGGAAUUUCCAAAUUCCAACCAACGCGCUUUUUCUUCUCCUCCCCUUUCUUUCUCUUUUCUCUUCCCGUCUCCUCCCUUCUAUCUUCGCUCCAUCAUUCUGUUUCCUCUCUCUUUGCCCAACAAGAAGGGAGAGAAGCGGCGGAAGGAGAGGAACAAGAGAGAAGAGAGAACGGAAGGGAAAGUAAAGAGGAAAAUGAAGGCCAGGAGCACUGGCAGCGAGAGAAAAGUGUGUCUGAGAUGGAUUCCUAUUCUCUGCAUCAUGAGCUUCGGCUUUGGGAUGCUGUUCACAGACAAGUUCUGGGCUAAUCCAGAUGUAAACAAUCAGAUCAUUUCGAAGCGGCGGCGACAGGAACAAGAGCUUCAAAUCAUCUCAGAGAAUUGUGCGACCAAACGGAAGCCUGAGCAAGAUAAGGAUAUAAUAAGGGAGGUCACCAGGACCCAUGAGGCUAUACAAUCUUUGGACAAGACGAUAUCUACUCUGCAGAUGGAGCUGGCUGCCAAGCGGAGUUUGCAAGAGUUGCUUGGCAUGGAUCGUUCUCUGUCGAUCUCAGCAUCCAGUCAUGUGAAGAAGAAGGCUUUUGUUGUGAUUGGGAUCAAUACUGCAUUUAGCAGCAGGAAGAGACGGGACUCAGUCAGAGAAACAUGGAUGCCUCAAGGUGAGAAGCUUCAACAGCUGGAACGUGAGAAGGGCAUUGUUAUCCGAUUCAUGAUCGGUCAUAGUGCCACGUCCAACAGUAUUUUAGAUAAAGCUAUAGACUCAGAGGAGGCUCAGCACAAUGAUAUUCUGAGGCUGGAGCAUGUUGAAGGGUACCAUGAACUAUCUGCAAAAACAAAAAUAUUCUUUUCCACUGCGGUUGCAAUAUGGGAUGCUGACUUUUAUGUCAAGGUGGAUGAUGAUGUUCAUGUAAAUCUAGGUAUGUUAGCCACAACUCUUGCUCGGCACAGAUCAAAACCAAGAACCUACAUUGGGUGUAUGAAGUCUGGGCCAGUCCUCUCUAAUCAGAAUGUGAAAUAUCAUGAACCUGAAUUCUGGAAAUUUGGAGAGGAAGGGAACAAGUACUUCCGCCAUGCUACCGGGCAGCUUUAUGCUAUAUCAAAGGAUUUGGCUACAUACAUCUCCAUCAACCAGCCUAUAUUGCACAAAUAUGCCAAUGAGGAUGUAUCAUUAGGUGCUUGGUUUAUUGGACUGGAUGUGGAGCACAUUGAUGAGAGGAACAUGUGCUGUGGAACUCCACCAGACUGUGAGUGGAAAGCUCAGGCUGGAAAUGUAUGCAUUGCAUCAUUUGACUGGAGUUGCAGUGGGAUAUGCAAAUCAGUGGAGAGGAUAAGGGAUGUCCAUGCUAAGUGUGGUGAAGGAGAUGGUGCUGUUUGGAAUGCUUUUUUCUGAAGGUGUAUUGAGGUUGCUCAAUUAUGGGUCAAAAGACUUUUUGUUCCUGAUCUUUUGAAAGAGCACAAAUUAGAAGCGUCUCAUUAGAAAAUGUACUACAAUGCAGUUUCAGGUUCAAAGUUAAGAUCAUGAUGUGCCUCUUGAAAGCAUCCUGUGAAAAUUUCCUGUUGUUAGCAAAAAGAAUCUUCAUAUUUGCAUGAUGCUUGGGAAGUGCAAGGAUACUUCUGAGCCCCAUAGUUGAUCACAGACGAAAAAGGCUUGGACUGUCCUGGGUUUCAGGACAUUGUUUCACGGGCUAAAUUUUCUGUUCAGAAAUUUGGCGAGGGCUCGGAGUCUAGGAUAUAGAAUGUGAAUAUUGGUUGUGGGCUACCCAUUUACUGGAAGUUACUGUGGUUUAUAUCCAAUUGAUUUCUUUUCACGAUUCAUCUGAAUGUUUUGUAUAACCAUAUUCUGUAAACUAUAUAUGAAAUUCUCUUAUUUAAGAUAUUUAGGUGCAGUUUUCCCUCC